GUGUUUUUGUUCAGAUCAUUCACCUGUAAAGAUGCUGCUUGUCCGAUUUCUGCUCCUUCUUUGUCUGCAACAAACAGGUCACACUCUGCAGCUGAUUGCUCCUUCAUCCCAUCGAGCCAAGAUGGGGGAAGAUGUGAACAUUCCCUGCUCAUUCACAAUCAGUAACCCUCCUAUCAAUCAGAUAUUCAUUGCCAUAACCUGGUACUUUCAGGGAAAAGAAAUAUUAAGAGUUCAGAAUGCGAAAGUGAUAGCAAGAGAUCCUCGUGUGUCCUAUACAGGCCGGGCAGAGGAUGGAAUCGCUGAUCUGUCUAUAUCAAACAUCUCUAUAAUGGACGGAGGGAUCUACAAGUGCUCCAUACUGUACACUCCAAAGAGGGAGGAGAAAGAGAUCAGAUUGGACAUACAAGCUCCUCCACAGAUCUCCAUUAUAGAAAAAUUAGUUGUUAAAAACAGAGAGAAUAUCCUCCGUAGUGUCAUUUUUGGGUUCUAUCCGGUGGACAUCGACAUUAAAUGGCUCCGGGAUGGAAAGAUAAUUGAUAAAGUUAUCAUGGAGAAACCUCAGAGAGACCCGGAUGGGACGUACAGUGUUAAUAGCUCAGUAACAAUAACACCCACUAAGGAGGACAGAGAGCGGAUCUUCUCCUGUAGAGUCCAACACGAGUCUCUUACUGCGCCUCUCCAGGAAGACUUCCAGCUGGUGUAUGGAGCUAUCCCAUCCAUUCACAUUACUUCCCAAGCAUUUAUUUUGGAUGUGGAACAGAUGUUGGUGUGCAGUGUUUCUGGGUUUUACCCUGAAUCCAUUGUUGUGAAUUGGUUCGUGAAUGACACCCUGGUGAAGAAUACCAAGACCCGAAGAAUCAGUAGCUCAGCUGUGGAAUCUGACUACUACUUUAUCCCGACACAACAGAACCAAGGCAUGGAGCUGAGAUGUGUGGUGGAGCAUGCAACCCUCACCACCCCACAUGUGGAGAGGCUGCUGGUACAAGUCAUAGAUCGGAGAAAAAAAUAUAAAACAAUUCCAAUUGCCGCUGCAGUGCUGAUCUCAAUACUAGGAAUUGUCACCUUCUGUGUGUUAUGCAUGAAAAAAAAGAAAGAGAACUUUCCAAAGGUGAGGGAUAUCACUCGCUCCCCAGGCGGUAUUUUCAGCUUAGAUGUUGAUCAUUUCUACCCAAAUGCUAUUACAAUAUCCUGGGAGGUGAUCCAGCCACCAUCAAGCAAAGAGCCCCGUCCCAUAGACUCUACCAUUCUAAUGCAUCAGAACCAAGAUGGAACCUUCAAUGCCACCAGUACUUCUGAAAGCCUCAGAGGGGAGAUCCGGGAGGAUGAGGCUUAUAUUGUGCGAGCCGUGGUGAUACACAAAAAACUGAAACACCCGUCACAUAGAGAAUGGAAAAGUGAUGAUAACGAUAAUAGAGAUUUUCUAUCACGGCCAGAAGUGGAGAUGAAGACAAUACCAAAACUGUUUGUCAACAAGCAGACGCAACUGCAAUGCACAAUCUCACACUUUUAUCCAGAUAAGCUGACUGUGAAUUGGUUUAAGAAAGAAAAAGGAAAGGAAGAACUAAUUUGUAUAGUUAACAAUGAGAAAUACAAAAUUACCAACAGCAAAUCUCAGAAUCCAGAUAAAACAUUUACAUGUACAGAACUUCUAGAGGUCAUCCCAUCACCAGAGGAUCAGGAGUCAGAGAUCAUCUGUAGAGUCAGCCAUCCCAGUCUGGAGGAACCGAUAGAGAACUCAACUGGACCCUUACAAGUGCUGGCUAAGCCCAAAAUCCAGCAGUUUAUACAACUACCCAUUAAUGACUCAGGAGAUUUGGUGGCAUCUUUCAGCCUUUCCAGCUUUUACCCAAAAGGAAUAAACAUCACUUGGAUGUAUGGACCAACCCAAGAGAAGAAGCCAUCAACGGAGGCAAUCAGUGAGAAUCCUGAUGGCACAUUUACUGUCACCAGUCAGUGUACAAUCCCUGGAAAUCUUUGUGAGAACCCAGAAUUCAGAGUCAGAGUGACAUGGGAACAUCCAUCCAUGGGGAGGCCAGAAUACAGAGAGAUAACCAUACAAGAUGAAGAUUUCCCAUGGCGGCCAAAAAUUAAAGAAAUAACUCCACUCAUUCUGCAGUUACACCAGAAGAUCACAGUUAGAUGUACAAUCUCUGGUUAUUUCUCAAACAAUCUAAGAGUGACUUGGAUAAAGAAGAAGGGAGAUGCUGUAACUGACUGUACACAGAAGAGUAACAAGUACCAUAUACCUGAUAUGAGACAUGAGAGGAUGGCUGAUAACACCUAUCAGUGCUCCCCUUCCCUGUCCUUCACACCGAUAUCAGACAAGGAGGAUCUGGAAUUUAUCUGCAAAGUGGAACAUCCCAGCCUGGAACAUCCAAUAUUACAAAGCACAGGACCUGUCAGGGUAAACGUGGCCCCCGAGGAGACAGAUAUAAAAGUGACCCCUUUUGGAUCAGACCAACUGCUGUGUUCUCUCAGUUUAAGGAAGUUUUAUCCUCAAAACAUUAACAUUAAAUGGAGCAAUGAAGAACUCAACAUUCCAAUUUUAUCUUCAACCAAGAAAAUUAUUCAGACCGACGAUGAGAAAAUAUUUGAUGCUCUAAGUGAGUGUAUCAUUCCUUGGAAGUCUCUGAAGUCCUCGGUGCGGGUGACGUGGGCACACGACUCACUAAAGGAGCCCGGAUACCGAGAUCUCCGUAAAACAGAAAAAUGUAAUCUCCUCAUGAGCAUAUUGAUCACUGAACUUAACAGGCUAAACAUCUUCAACAUGUUCAACUCAGACCCAAAAUGUACUGAUCUUCCUUGGCAUCCACACUUUGAAGAGCUAAAUACAUCUGACCUAAAACUGAACACUGAGUCCAAAAUACAAGCGAAAAUUUCUGGAUAUUUCCCUGAGGAUCUGACUGUGCAAUGGUAUAAGAAGGAGAUGGGGACAGAGAGAUUUGUUGCUGUUGAUAGCGAUAAAUACAAGAGUGAAGUCAGUGAACACCAGAGACAGUCAGAUAAGACAUACAGCUGUACAGCCAGUCUGCUGUUCAUCCCAACACUGCCAGAAGAUCAGGGGUCAGAGUUCAUCUGCAGAGUGCUACACCCCAGUCUGGAGCAGGACAUACAGAGAAGAAUAGGACCCCUACAAAUUAUGGUGGCUCCGCAGAUGAUAGAGCCGGUGAGAUUCUCCCUCAGUGAUUCAGGAGAGGUAAGAUGUUCGCUGACUCUGAAGAGAUUCUACCCUCCGGACAUAAAGAUCAGAUGGAGAGCAGGAGAAUCACAAACCAAGCUAAUGUCUGACAGCAGAUUAGAAGAGUCUGCGGAUGGUGAAACAUUUGAUGUUACCAGUGUGUGCACAUUGCCCUGGCCUGUCUGCUUUCCUGUCUAUGUCACCUUGGAGCAUCAGUCAGCAAAAGAACCUCAGAGUAUUAUACUGAAUCCAUCAGAUCUUCCUUGGCAUCCACACUUUGAAGAGCUAAAUACAUCUGACCUAAAACUGAACACUGAAUCCAAAAUACAAGUGAAAAUUUCUGGAUAUUUCCCUGAGGAUCUGACUGUGGAAUGGUAUAAGAAGAAGAUGGGGACAGAGAGAUGUGAUGCUGUGGAUGACAAUAAAUACAAGAGUGUAGUCAGUGAACACCAGAGACAGUCAGAUAAGACAUACAGCUGUACAGCCAGUCUGCUGUUCAUCCCAACACUGCCAGAAGAUCAGGGGUUAGAGUUCAUCUGCAGAGUGCUACACCCCAGUCUGGAGAAGGACAUACAGAGAAGAAUAGGACCCCUACAAAUUAUGGUGGCUCCGCAGAUGAUAGAGCCGGUGAGAUUCUCCCUCAGUGAUUCAGGAGAGGUAAGAUGUUCACUGGCUCUGAAGAGAUUCUACCCUCCGAACAUAAAGAUCAGAUGGAGUGCAGGAGAAUCACAAACCAAGAUAAUGUCUGACAGCAGGUUAGAAGAGUCUGCGGAUGGUGAAACAUUUGAUGUUACCAGUGUGUGCACAUUGCCCCGGCCUGUCUGCUUUCCUGUCUAUGUCACCUGGGAGCAUCAAUCAGUAAAAGAACCUCCGAGUAUUAUACUGAAUCCAUCAGUGGCUCCACAGGAGAUAGAACCUGUGAGAUUCUCCCUCAGUGAUUCAGGAGAGGUGAGAUGUUCCCUGACUCUGAAGAGAUUCUACCCUCCGGGUAUUAACAUCACUUGGAACACAGAACAACAAACUGAGCUAAAGUCUGAUGACCAACCAGCAAAAUCUGAGGAGGGUGAAACAUUUGAUGUUACCAGUGUGUGCACAUUGCCCCGGUCUCUCAGCUUUCCUGUCUAUGUGAUCUGGGAGCAUCAAUCAGUGAGACAUCCUCAGAGGAUCGUACUAAAGAGAUCAGAUCUUCCUUGGCAUCCACAGAUUGAAGAACUAAAUUUGUCUGACCUAAAACUCAACACUGAGUCCAAAAUACAAGCGAAAAUCUCUGGAUAUUUCCCGGAUGAUCUGACUGUGGAAUGGUAUAAGAAGAAGAUGGGGACAGACAGAUUUGUUGCUGUUGAUAUCAAUAAAUACAAGAGUGAAAUCAGUGAACGCCAGAGACAGUCAGAUAAGACAUACAGCUGUACAGCCAGUCUGCUGUUCACCCCAACACUGCCAGAAGAUCAGGGGUCAGAGUUCAUCUGUAGAGCGCUACACCCCAGUCUGGAGCAGGACAUACAGAGAAGAAUAGGACCCCUACAAAUUACAGUGGCUCCACAGGAGAUAGAACCUGUGAGAUUUUCCCUCAGUGAAUCAGGAGAGGUGAGAUGUUCCCUGACUCUGAAGAGAUUCUACCCUCAGGGUAUUAACAUCACUUGGAACACAGAACAACAAACUGAGCUAAAGUCUGAUGGCAGACCGGAAAAGUAUGAGGCGGGUGAAACAUUUGAUGUUACCAGUGUGUGCACAUUGCCCCGGCCUCUCAGCUUUCCUGUCUAUGUGAUCUGGGAACAUCAAUCUGUGAGACAUCCUCAGAGGAUCGUACUAAGGAGAUCAGAUCUUCCUUGGCGUCCACAAAUUGAAGAACUAAAUUUGUCUGACCUAAAACUCAACACUGAGUCCAAAAUACAAGCGAAAAUCUCUGGAUAUUUCCCGGAUGAUCUGACUGUGGAAUGGAAUAAGAAGAUAGGGACAGAGGGAUUUUUUGCUGUUGAUAACAAUAAAUACAAGAGUGUAAUCAGUGAUCACCAGAGACAGUCAGAUAAUACAUACAGCUGUACAGCAUGUCUGCUGUUCACCCCAACACUGGCAGAAGAUCAGGGGUCAGAGUUCACCUGUAUGAUGCAGCAUUCCAGUACAGAGCAGCCCAUAGAGAGAAGAAUAGGACCCCUACAAAUUACAGUGGCUCCACAGGAGAUAGAACCUGUGAGAUUCUCCCUCAGUGAUUCAGGAGAGGUGAGAUGUACUCUGGCUCUGAAGAGAUUCUUCCCUGCGGGUAUUAACAUCACUUGGAACACAGAACAACAAAAUGAGCUAAAGUCUGAUGGCCAACCGGAAAAGUCUGAGGAUGGGGAAAUAUUUGAUGUUACCAGUGUGUGCACAUUGCCCCGGUCUCUCAGCUUUCCUGUCUAUGUGAUCUGGGAACAUCAAUCGGUGAGACAUCCUCAGAGGAUCGUACUAAGGAGAUCAGAUCUUCCUUGGCAUCCACAGAUUGAAGAACUAAAUUUGUCUGACCUAAAACUCAACACUGAUUCCAAAAUACAAGUGAAAAUCUCUGGAUAUUUUCCGGAUGAUCUGACUGUGGAAUGGAAUAAGAAGAAGACGGGGACAGAGGGAUUUGAUGCUGUUGAUAACAAUAAAUACAAGAGUGAAAUCAGUGCAUGCCAGAGACAGUCAGAUAACACAUACAGCUGUACAGCCAGUCUGCUGUUCAUCCCAACACUGCCAGAAGAUCAGGGGUCAGAGUUCAUGUGCAAAGUAAAGUAUCCCGGUAUGGAGCAGCCCAUAGAGAGAAGAAUAGGACCAAUACAAAUUAUGGUGGCUCCACAGGAGAUAGAACCUGUGAGAUUCUCCCUCAGUGAUUCAGGAGAGGUGACAUGUACUCUGGCUCUGAAGAGAUUCUUCCCUCCGGGUAUUAACAUCACUUGGAACACAGAACAACAAACUGAGCUAAAGUCUGAUGGCAAACCAGCAAAAUCUGAGGAGGGUGAAACAUUUGAUGUUACCAGUGUGUGCACACUGCCCCGGUCUCUCAGCUUUCCUGUCUAUGUGAUCUGGGAACAUCAAUCUGUGAGACAUCCUCUGAGGAUCGUACUAAAGAGAUCAGAUCUUCCUUGGCAUCCACAGAUUGAAGAACUAAAUUUGUCUGACCUAAAACUCAACACUGAGUCCAAAAUACAAGUGAAAAUCUCUGGAUAUUUCCCGGAUGAUCUGACUGUGGAAUGGAAUAUGAAGAAGAUGAGGACAGAGGGAUUUGAUGCUGUUGAUAUCAAUAAAUUCAAGAGUGAAAUCAGUGAACACCAGAGACAGUCAGAUAACACAUACAGCUGUACAGCCAGUCUGCUGUUCACCCCAACACUGCCAGAAGAUCAGGGGUCAGAGUUCAUCUGCAGAGUGCUACACCCCAGUCUGGUGAAGGACAUACAGAGAAGAAUAGGACCCCUACAAAUUACAGUGGCUCCGCAGGAGAUAGAACCUGUGAGAUUCUCCCUCAGUGAUUCAGGAGAGGUGACAUGUACUCUGGCUCUGAAGAGAUUCUUCCCUCCGGGUAUUAACAUCACUUGGAACACAGAACAACAAACUGAGCUAAAGUCUGAUGGCCAACCGGAAAAGUCUGAGGAUGGGGAAACAUUUGAUGUUACCAGUGUGUGCACAUUGCCCCGGCCUCUCAGAUUUCCUGUCUAUGUGAUCUGGGAACAUCAAUCAGUGAGACAUCCUCUGAGGAUCGUACUAAGGAGAUCAGAUCUUCCUUGGCAUCCACAGAUUGAAGAACUAAAUUUGUCUGACCUAAAACUCAACACUGAGUCCAAAAUACAAGUGAAAAUCUCUGGAUAUUUCCCGGAUGAUCUGACUGUGGAAUGGAAUAUGAAGAAGAUGGGGACAGAGGGAUUUUUUGCUGUUGAUAACGAUAAAUACAAGAGUGUAAUCAGUGAUCACCAGAGACAGUCAGAUAACACAUACAGCUGUACAGCCAGUCUGCUGUUCACCCCAACACUGCCAGAAGAUCAGGGGUCAGAGUUCAUGUGCAGAGCGCAGCACCCCAGUCUGGUGAAGGACAUAGAGAGAAGAAUAGGACCAAUACAAAUUACAGUGGCUCCACAGGAGAUAGAACCUGUGAGAUUCUUCCUCAGUGGUUCAGGAGAGGUGACAUGUACUCUGGCUCUGAAGAGAUUCUACCCUCAGGGUAUUAACAUCACUUGGAACACAGAACAACAAACUAAGCUAAAGUCUGAUGGCAAACCAGCAAAGUCUGGGGAUGGGGAAACAUUUGAUGUUAGAAGUGUGUGCACAUUGCCCCGGCCUCUCAGAUUUCCUGUCUAUGUGAUCUGGGAGCAUCAAUCAGGGGGACAUCCUCAGAGGAUCGUACUAAAGAGAUCAGAUCUUCCUUGGCAUCCACAGAUUGAAGAACUCAAUUUGUCUGACCUAAAACUCAACACUGAGUCCAAAAUACAAGUGAAAAUCUCUGGAUAUUUUCCGGAUGAUCUGACUGUGGAAUGGAAUAUGAAGAAGAUGGGGACAGAGGGAUUUGAUGCUGUUGAUAUCAAUAAAUACAAGAGUGUAAUCAGUGAACGCCAGAGACAGUCAGAUAAGACAUACAGCUGUACAGCCAGUCUGCUGUUCACCCCAACACUGCCAGAAGAUCAGGGGUCAGAGUUCAUGUGCAAAGUAAAGUAUCCCGGUAUGGAGCAGCCCAUAGAGAGAAGAAUAGGACCAAUACAAAUUAUGGGACCCCAACCGAUGAGCCAGCAAAAAAAAAAACAGAUCAUAAAGAUGUGAUAACAACUGACCAACAAGAACAAGGCACUGGGGUGUAAGAAAAAACACAAUCCAUACUAAUAAUUCCUCUCUAUGAGAAAGUACCAGCCAUGUGGUAAUACUUUGGACUACAGUUGUCUUAAAGCACCAACCUCACACCACGUUUGACAGUCUAUGAGGAUAUCAGGAUUGAUGUUACACCUCUCAUUGGAGUUCUACAUUUUAGGACACUACACAUUGCUGUAGGUUUGACAAAACAAGGAAGGACAUGGUUUUGUUAUUUUUUAAAGUGGAUGUAAACCCGAUUCAUGAAAUUUGAGCUGGGCACGUAUAUCGGCAGUGUUUUCUUAUAUCUCUUCAAAGCACUAAGUCCUGUGGCUUUCUCCAGCUCCAUUCUUGAUAACUUCUGACAAGUUCUCAGACACAUGGGAUAAAACCAGGCAGAAUUUUGUCUUCUGGGAGGUUAUUAUAAAUAGAUUAGCAGACAGCUAAACUAUUCAGGAAACAGCUCUGAGAGUCUCUGCCUAUGAGGAGAGGGGGUG